AUGAAUAUCAAAGAGCAAAAGAUAUUGAGGAUUUUGGAAUGGCGAGCAAAGUUAGGGUUUAUGAUUGUUAAUUUUAAUGUGUUGGGUUUUAUGGGGAAAACGAAAUGGCGAGAAAUUAGGGUAAGAGCAAACCCGGGUUUUGCAAGGGGAAGUGUUGGAGGUAAGUUUGGGGUAGUGGGUGAACUCGACAAUGGGAGAAAAUGGAGGUGGUUGGUCGACGAUUUUGGUGAUGAUGGCGUCGGGUUUUGGAGAAAAUUAGGGAAUUGGAAAACUUCUUUAAGGAAAAUGGGAUUGAAGUGUCCGGUGUAUGAAUUACAAAUUAGAGAAGGCACAUGA